UCGUGAGUGAGGAUAAUAUCCGGCCAAUCAAGUAUUUGUGACUGUAAAAAAAACAGUAAACUAAUCAGUAAUGAGAUUGAAUAUGAACAGGAUUACCCCAACAGACAGUUUGUGUUAAUUAACGUUACCUGUUGAAAUUAAGAAUCGAGUUAAAGUCGUUAACGUUACCUGCUAACUUUAGUUUUAUUGAAGCUAACGUUAGGUUACCUGGCAACAAGUAGAAAUUGAGCUGAGUCUGUUCGGGUAACCGUUACUUUACUGCUCUCAACCUCUCAUUAUAACGGCGGUUAAUUUCAUUGUAUUGUCAAAUAUUUCUAUUAAUCCAUUAUGUACAGUGGACAUUUUGUUUAUGGCUAUUAGGACUUUACCUAAAGAUAACGGGGAGCAUGCCAGAUUCUGUACAAGCUUGCAGAUGAAGAUGGAGAAGAAGGGUCUGAGGGGACAGAAGUCCAAUAUGAACAAGGAUGGAGACCCAGACCUCUGAAAUGCAAACACAGGCUUUGGCUGCCAGAUGCUUGGGAUAAUGGAUAGGACUGCAGAAAGAAAGAUGGAGAGGUUGUGGCAGGCCGGUAGAUGAUGAAGUGAUGGAGAUGUUAGGAGGCCUGGGCCAUUGUGAUGCUGGGUGGCUGUUACUCUGGAACUGCCAUCUGCCGAAAAGGGUGCUGUGUAAUGAUAUCCUCAGCCUGAAGGUGGCAGGAGAUCCAGUGCUAACCCCUAACUCAGUUUGCCUGAGGCUGGCAGGCCUCAGUAAACGUCAGAUGCGGAUGUGUGUGCGGAGCCCUGAUGUGACGGCCUCCGCUCUGCAGGGCAUCCAGGUGGCCAUCCAUGAAUGCCAACACCAGCUUCGGGACCAGCGCUGGAACUGCUCCUCACUGGAGGGCCUUGGCAAACUUCCCCACCACAACACCAUCCUCAACAGGGGUUUUCGCGAGAGUGCCUUCUCUCUGGCUUUGCUAGCAGCGGGUGUGGCUCACUCUGUGGCCUCAGCCUGCAGCAUGGGCAAGCUGCGGGGGUGUGGCUGUGAGGCCAAGCGCCGCCAGGACGAUGACAAGAUCCGCCUGAAACUCACACAGCUGCAGCUGCAGACGCUGCAGAAGGGUGGAGUAGGCCUCGGCAUGACACGGUCAUUACCCUCAGAGCUAAACGGUCACCAUGGAGACCUGCCCGCUAACCUGCGCUCCACCCACCCCUCUGCCCUGCUCAAGCCUCUACCAGAUGAGCUGAGCUCCAUGCAGGAUACGUGGGAGUGGGGGGGCUGCAGUCAUGACGUCCGUUUUGGGGACCGUUUUUCCAGAGACUGGCUCGACUCCCGUGGCUCGCCAAGAGACAUCCACGCUCGCAUGAGGAUACACAACAACCGGGUGGGCCGACAGAUAGUGACUGACAACAUGAAGAGGAAGUGCAAAUGUCACGGCACAUCAGGAAGCUGUCAGUUUAAGACCUGCUGGCAUGUGUCUCCAGAGUUCAGGCUUGUGGGUUCUCUGCUCAAGGAAAAGUUCUGGUCAGCCAUCUUUGUCAACUCCCAGAACAAGAACAACGGGGUUUUCAACCCUCGAACUGGAAAUGGCGCCAGUGGGAGUGCAGGGGGACUCAACGGAGGCCGUCGUCGCACCAUGUCCAGAGAGCUGGUGUACUUUGAGAAGUCUCCUGAUUUCUGUGAGCGUGAUGCAUCCAUAGACUCUCCGGGUACACAAGGACGCAUCUGCAACAAAACCAGCUACAGCACAGACAGCUGUGGCUCGCUGUGCUGCGGCCGUGGACACAACAUCCUGAAACAGACACGUAGCGAGCGCUGCAACUGCAGGUUCCACUGGUGUUGCUAUGUGCUGUGCGACGAGUGUCGUCUCACAGAGUGGGUCAAUGUGUGCAAGUAGAUUCUCUCAGUCCCUGCUGCCUUUACUCAUCCAGGACUCAAGAUGGCAAGCCUGUCCCUUCGCCCACUCCUUUUGUUUCGAGCGAUUGUUUUGCUCCUUGUGUAACUCUCCCAGAGAAUCUGUUUAUCCCCCCCUCCUUUUUUUUCAGUCCAUCAUCUGGGAUCUAUUUUCUCUUUGUAGCCGCUGUUAUUCUGAAAAUGCCAAGUCGGAGAUUGAAGAGGUGACUCAUGUCAUUUGUCCUGCUAUGGUCUGUUUAGACGCUGCCCUCUCAGCCAUGAAAAAAGCCUUUACCCCCAUCUUUUCUAUCCCACAAAACAAAGACGGGCAACAGCAGAGGAGCUUUUUUAAUUCAAUGUCUACAUGCUGACUCAUCUCUUUGUACAGUAGCUGUGUAUUUUAAUGUGUACAUGUAUAUUUGUAAAUGUAUUAUUAAUAUUAAUAUUAUUAUUGUGUUGGAGCCUGUCUUUUUGGCUCAAGUUGUGCUGGCCGAGUGGCUCAGGAUAUUGAACCAGGGCUGUUAGGCAACACAGUCUCACAGCAGUUUACUUGGAUCUUACAUUUAACUGGGCUUUUCUAAUGAUCUCCAACAUAUUUACUCCAUUUGUAUAUUUUGCACCUGUGACGUAGACAGAGCAACAGUACUUAUUUGGGGAUCAGUUACAAAAUCUUUCUAGACAAGGGUUUUACUAAUAGAAGAAGUCAAGAUAAAGGACAGAUAAGGUAAAAUGUGUUUUUGUGGUUUUUGAGGAACUGAUAUUUCUGAUAGAUACUACAAGCAACAGGACUGAAAGAGCACAACUUAUCAAAGCUUGUAGAGUAAAAUUCAGUCCUUCAAUUCCUAAUCACAACAACUAAUCAUUCUGAUUUAUUUACACCAUUGUAACAAUAGUAACUUACUUCAUGGGAGUGGUUGCUCGUGGUCAUGUCUUUCACGAAUAUAACUGUGAUGUGAUGUGUGUCACUUUUCCUAUGAAACCAUGACUGAGCUCUCGUUAUUCUGUGCCUGCUUUUGUCCGUUUCAUCAGUCCGAGCACUCCUUAGAUUCUUCCCACAUGUAGGAGAUGUCAAAGUGAGAGAUGGACCUGCUUUAGUCUUGAACUGAUGCGGAAGGGUGUGUGUGUAUGUUUCAGUGUGUGUCCGUUGCUGUGUAAAUGGUGGGGUACGUUCUACGCACUACAGAUUUGGGAGGUGAGAGCCUUUUUUAUGGCCACUCCAUGCUGAGAGAAGGACUUUUUAUGGCUGCAGGAUAUUGUUUCCUUAAAGUAUGACUUUUAUUACUGGAGAGAAGCAUCAAGAGAGCAGAGAGUGGGGGUGAUUAUACCAGUCUUUGCUGUGUGAGCAUCUGAGGGGAUCAUCUGUCCUGGAGUUCAUAGCCAAGGAAGGGACUCACUAAACCACGUGGGACGCUGUGUCCCAGUUACCUGGGAGACAGACUACACACAUAUAAACACAGGCACAUAAACACAUGCAUGCUUUUAUGCGCAAAGACACUUGCAUGUAGUAAUACUGGCACUGGUGCACAAUGAAAAACAUGCAUGCUGGUGCGUGCAUAUGAGCUGUCAGACAGAACUUUUGGUGACCCGAGUGAUUUGCACUUUCAUUCUAGUUACACAGCAGAUUUAGCAAAACUCUCACGUCAACACCUGACUGAAUUUACGAUAACAGCAUUCCUAGACAUCUUAGAUUAUCCAAACUCCAUGUUUUGUCUGACUAAUGGGAUUUAAUGCCAACUCAUUCUUGAUUGUAUGGACUUCUGUAAAUAGCCCUCCACUCCUGAGAAAUGGCAGUGCCAGUGGCUGAAUUGACCGUUCUGUCUGUUUGGUAUUUAGUGAGGGAAUAAAAAGGAGACAGUGACUAGUAUGGAAUGAU